AUGUCCGAGUUCAUUCAAAAUAUACCCAACUGUUGCAUUAGUGCUUUUUAUAAUUGGAGGAAAAUGAAUGAAGCUGAAAAAAUGGAUAACUCUGGCAAAAGUGUAAAGGUAGCCAAUGGUCAAGCAAAAAUUAACUUCUUGCAGUUGCUAGACUCACUGAGGAAAGCUGCUUUUGUAGUUGGCAGUGCUUUAUUAAUAUUUGCUGCUGCCAGGAAUACAAUUACUUGGCACAUGCAACGCUUUUGGGGGGCUUCUGGUGAUUUCUGGCAAAGAACUUGGAACAACAUUUACUUACUUUGCUAUGAAGAUGAUUUCAUUGUUGGUGUAUUUGCAACUACCUUCUUCACAAUUAUUGUUUUUUGGUUGGCAAACAGUUUCCUGAUUUUCUUGGAUGUCACUGGAACACCUUCAUUUCUUCUUAAUUAUAAAGUGCAACCAGACAAGAACUGUCCUCUUUCUUUGAAAGAUUUGAAAAAAAUUUAUCAUCGAGUUUUGUUCAAUCAAAUUAUUGUUGGUCUGCCAAUGAGUUUUGUUAGCUUUUAUUUGAUGAAAUGGAGAGGUUGUCCAACCAAUGGAGACUUGCCCACAUUCCAGUGGGUUCUUCUCGAGAUUACUAUUUUCACUCUCAUUGAAGAAGUAGGCUUCUAUUAUUCACACAGGAUUUUGCAUCAUCCAUCACUAUACAAACAUAUCCACAAAAUUCACCAUGAAUGGACAGCCCCUGUAGGACUUGUAGCACUGUAUGCCCAUCCAAUUGAACAUUUAGUCAGUAAUAUGCUACCACCUAUUAUAGGGCCCAUUCUCAUGGGAUCUCAUCUGGCUACAGCUUGGCUGUGGUUUGCUUUGGUUCUUUUGUCAACAACUGUGGCUCAUAGUGGCUAUCAUUUCCCAUUUCUGCCUUCUCCAGAAGCCCAUGAUUUCCAUCAUCUCAAAUUCACCCAGAACUUUGGUGUCCUUGGUUUUCUUGAUCGUCUCCAUGGAACAGAUAACUUAUUCCGUUCCAGUGCAGCAUACCAGCGUCAUAUUUUAUUGCUAAGCUGUGUACCUCUCUCUGUCCAGUAUCCAGAUGUCAAACGCAAAAAGUCUCUUGAGAACAAGGUAGCAGCUAAAUAA